AUGCCGGCAACAGGGCGGCUACAAUCCCAGCUCUUCAGCUUGUCGCCCGCGAAAAAAGGCUCCGAUGCUGCAGGCUUCGGCAAUGGCUGCGAUUUGACAGGCAUCUCGCUGAGCAACGGCCGACAUCUCGCGAACUUGGGCUCCAUCCUGCUCUGCGGCAUCGCGAUUUUGAUAUCCGCAUUCCUAUUAUGGCGCUCUGAACGAAAGAAGGCCGCUGUCGGACGGAGGGAGAUGCAACUCUUCCUCCUUGGCUACAUCAUCAUUUCGAUUUGUGAAAUCUUCACCGUCGGAGGCUUCCCGCUCGAUGGCGCCGUGCGCAGGGCUUUCAGCGCGGUCCACAUUGCGGCCGUAGUCGCUACAGCUUGGAUCCUGCUCCUCAACGCUGCAGUCGGGUUCCAGCUGCUCGACGACGGCACUCCGCUUUCGCUGGGUCUUAUCGUGACCUCGUCCGUGAUCCUCUUCGUUGGCACUGGAUACAUUGCUCUUGACACGACCUUCCAAUGGACCGGCUACUGGGAUGAUACGCUGACCACUGCAAAGUCGUAUUCUCUGUACACUCUGUACCAGCUCGUCCCGCUGGUGCUCAUUGUUGUCUUUUUCGUCAUGGAGGCCUAUCUGGUUGUUCGCGUCCUCGGCGAGAAGAAGCCUAUGCUGUACCUGGCGGGUGCGGCACUUCUCUUCGCCAUCGGACAGAUCUUCCAAUAUGUCAUCAGCGUGCAUCUCUGCAAUGCCUCGAACGGCAAGAUCAACGGCGGCCUUUUCGAGACGCUUUUCACGCUUUGCGCCAUAGCAAUGGUCUGGGUCUUCUGGUCCAGCAUCACGGAAGACGACUGGCCCAUGCCCGUUACCGGAGGCGCCUAUACAUAA